AUGCCAGCUAAGCAAAAAGUUAAGAAGUCCAAGCCAGCCAAACAACCAUCAAAAGACCCAAUGAUGGAAGCAUUCAACAACCUGGUUGGAGAAGUUGAAAAACCAGUUGAAGCAACAACAUCAGCCGAAACAACAACAAAAAAGAAAGGAAAUUCUGAAGCUCUCGCAAAAGGACGUUUAAAUAGAAAACCAAAAUCAGAAUUACUCAUUAAUGUUUUAGGAAGAAAAUACACAAAGACUGAACUCCAUUCGAAGGUUUUGCAAGCCUCCGGAAAGUGUUUAAUUCCUGAAACCAUCUUGAGAGAUAAUGUUAAGAGAGUUCUCCACUCCGAUAAGCUUGUGGACUUAUUACCAUCACAAAAGUCAUAUACAUUCGGUAGUAGAGCUCUCCCAAUGUUGAAGGAACAUAUCGAAUUUUCAUUGACAAACUUACUCUAUAUUGCCAAUGUUAUUACUAUUUCUAAAGGAAAGACCACUAUUGGUGAAGGUGAAGUUCUUUUGGCCAAUUUAAUUAUGAGAGGUAAAUUACAUAUUCACGGUGAUAAGAGUAAUACUCAAAAUGCUGUGAUUAGAUCACAAGGCAAGUCUAAGAGGGAAACAAUUAGUCUCGGACAAGAUGUCAAUAUUGACAAGAUUGCCAUGAUUUUGCAAGAAGCUCUCUCCACUAAAGCCGAUGGUGAAAUUUCUUCCACUUCUCUCUUGACUAAUACAACAGACAAGUUGAAGAAAGCAAUUGUACAUGCUGAAGAAAAGUUCCAUGAUAUCCUUUCAGCUCAACCAACAAUCAAGAAGAGAAAGUUGAUAGAAACCAAGGAAGAAUUGCAAGAAGAAGAGGAAGAACAAGAAGAGGAACAAGAAGAACAAGAAACAGUUGAAGAAAAGGUUGAAGAAAAAGUAGAAGAACCUGUUGUUAAGAAAGUCACAACUAAGAAGUCAACUAAGGAAGAAAAGAAGAAGGAAGAAGUAGCAGAACCAAAGCCAAAGAAGAAGAAGGUUGAAGUUACAAAGAAGACAACCAAGAAGUAAUUUAUAAUAAAAUUAUUUAAACUUUCAUCUAUUAU